UAUGCAAAAUGUGAUAUGUGGCCUCCAUCAAUGAGGUGCUAGUUGCUACUCCAUAUAAACCGGUCUCGAUAAUAAAGGGACAUACGUCCAUUCCACGACCCACUAGGCAACCACCAUCUCCAUGAUUAAUGCUAUUUACCAUGAUACGACCCAUCCUGGUAUGUACCACUAAAUUCUCCAUGAUUAGUUGACCCAUCAUUUCUCAAGUCAACCACCGGUUACCGUUUUUUAUUUUGCCAAAACGGUUCAUUUGUUAUUGAUCUUCCUAUUUCCACAAAAGAUGCCGUUAAUUGAAAAGUUAAAGCACCUCAGAAUACCCUACGAAGAUAUUCAAGCAGCCACUAAAAACUUCACAACCCUGAUCGGAAGCGGUGGAUAUGGCCCUGUUUAUAAAGGUCAGCUCUCACUUGCUGGGGGGGAACUUAUCACGGUCGCUGCAAAGCGACUACAAAACAAUAACCUUUCUGGACAGGGACUUAAAGAGUUUCUAACUGAGAUCCAAAUGCUCUCUCGUUAUAAACAUCCAAACAUCGUCUCCCUUGUCGGUUUCUGUGAAGAAGGGAAUGAAAAAUUCCUUGUUUAUGAGUACGCAGAGAACGGAAGCCUCAACAAUUACUUAAAACCGACUAAAAGCAGGUGUCCACUCACAUGGAGGCAACGGAUCAAUAUAUGCGUUGAUGCAGCCCGCGGUCUGGCUCAUCUCCAUCACCACGUUGCAACAAAUCAGAGAGUUAUACACAGGGAUAUUAAAAGUGCAAACAUUUUGUUAUGUCACAACAUGAAAGCUAUGAUUGCUGAUUUUGGGCUUUCCAAAAUAGGCCGUGCAAAUGAAACUAUCACUUAUAUUAUUACUAAUGCCUCUGGGACAUUCGGUUAUUGUGAUCCAGCAUAUAUUAAUUCAGGGAUUCUCACUAAAGAGUCUGAUAUUUAUUCAUUUGGGGUAGUAUUGUUUGAAGUUCUAUGCGGAAGAUUGUGCUUCAAAAAUGUAAACGGCGAGGAAGAACCUCUCGCCGAAUUGGCCAAACGCUACUAUAUAGAAGGGAAGUUAGAUCUUAUUAUUGACCAUGAAUUGAAGAACUACAUGAACUCAGAUUCCAUGAAAGAAUUCUCAGAGAUUGCGUUUCAUUGCUUGGCAGAUAUUAGGAGUGAACGACCCCCAAUGAGUCUGGUGUUACAGAGACUUGAGAAAUCAUUGAAAUUCCUAGAAAUUGAGGAAGGACCGGAAUUGCUAUUCCAUGAGAUUGGUGGAUUGCGAAUAGACUCUGAUGUCAUGAAAGCCAUAUAUGACAUGCCGGAUUCUCUUCUCUUCAACAUCACGAGAGAUAAAAUUUAUUCGCAUCUCACUAAUGGAAUUAUAGUCGAUAAGGGCAAAGUGUGGAUUUCAAUAGAUGAUAAUGGAAAGACGCAAGAAAUGAUAUCAGCAAUCAAGUUUGUGCCUCUAGAUGGAGAUGGAUGUAGAACACGAUCUGAAUCUGAAUCUCGAUUCCAUACGGUGGUCGAGGUUUCUUUACCAAUUUAUUACAUGAAAGUCAAGAUAAGUACACAGUUUCUAUCAUCCCAUGUCGCAUAUGCCGCUUACCUUGUAUGCAAACCCAAUUCUUUGGAUGCUAUGGAACAAUGUGCUCAGAAUAAAAUUAGCUACAAAUUAAACGACAUAUGUAAAUCAUAUACUUCAUAUCGUAGUAUGACGGUAGACAGUGGAUGGUGGAUGUACGAACUCUUCGAAACCAUCAACUUGGAAAGAACGGCUGAAUUUGUUGUUACAUUACAAAUACUAGACAAUAUCUUUUGUUCUAGUUCUCAUCUCUUGAUUGAAGGCAUCAAAUUUCUGCCAAUACAGAAGUUUGAAGACGAUGUCGGAAAAUCAGAGGUGGACAAACUCUCAACAUCAAAUAUAAAAUGGGAUAUGCGAUUACCAAGUGAUUAUGAACAGUUUAUAUAUUAUUCAAAAAAAAGGUUAGGAGAUGUGAUCUUUCCCACAAAAGCGGAAGCAUACUCAAUUCUUUCGACGGGUGUACUUAUACAGGUCAACGAUGAAGUUAACAUAUGGUUUUGGAUAACGAAAUUAAAUGGAAAGAAAUGUUUUGUGCUUCCACCAACAUUACUUUCUUAUGAUAAGAAACCGCUGCGUAAGAUCAAAUCGAUACCUUCAGAGAAAUCAAGACAUGGAAACAUAUUACGGGUAUCAUCUUCAAAAGUGAUAGGCAUGUGCUUCAAAGUUCCAAAUGGCCUGUUGUCAAGAAACACUAGAUAUGGAUGCUACCUUAUUUACAUGACUCCACAAGGUAUUGAUAGUAAAACUCUGGUGGAAAUGAAGCUUAAUUAUGACAGUGCGUUAGCAGGCCAACACUCUGCUAAUCUUAUGAGUUUGAGUAAACCUCAAAUCCCAGUAAUCGGAGCAGAUGGUGAAUGUAGAUCUACAAGACCAAUAAACAAUCUAAAAAACGUUCAAUUACCAAGAAAGAGAAAAGAUGGUUGGAUGGAGCUGACCGUGAUGAAUAUUCAAGAAGAUGAAUGGUUUGGUCAUCUUUCGUCAAGGGAAAAAAGCAGAUGGAAUUCUUGCUUUCUUCCAUGCAUCACACAUAACGACUCUCGUAACAAAGCAGAUAAUGUCAUGGAUGAUAGCUUUACUUUAGACCCUCGUUAUUUCUCAAACAUCACCUUACAUAUGUGUUCUAGUGACAUGAUCACUCUCAUCCCAGAGCUCAUUGUGCAAGGUAUUGAGUUUCGACCCCUUUAAAAUCCAAAUGUUAUGCAAAAGGAAUCUUCAAAUUAUUGGAUGUAAUAAGUUCAUAUAGAUUUUAAAGAGCUCUCAUUUGAUAUCUCCCCUUGUACGUGUAUGUGUGUCUAUAUUGAUAUCUAUAACUAAGACCACGUAUUAUUGUUUCAUUGUCACGUACUCAUAGAAGCUCUUAAGCACCUUUUUUUUCAUC